AUGCGUGAUAUACCCGGCGCAUUGCAUUUGGCGGAUGACGCGCAUAUUGAGCGCUUGAUUGCUACGACCGGAGCGGUCACACUUGUCCGCCAGUUCGCCAGGGAUUUGGCGCAAAGAGACGCGGAAAUUUCCUCUCUUCGCCAGCGCGCUGAUGCUAGGGAGCGCGAACUCAAGCGCAUGCUGCGAGAAGUUUCAGUUUCCAACCAGGACAUCGAACGUCGCCUCUACCAGCUGGAAAAUUCUGGUGAGGACCGUACCUCAGACGCCGAGGGCGGCGCUCAUGGUGAUAAUGCUGGGCUGAACGGAUUGAUGUCACAGGCCAUGGCGGAUGCGGUUGGCUCUCAGCUUGAAACCGAAGCCGGCGAUGAUUCUUUGGAUCUGCAAGCUACCAUUCGAGCGGGGCAAAGGUCGGAGAAUAGUGACUCUCGAGCCGGUCGCCAUUUUAAUGUCGACCUUGACAACAACCGAAGGUCACAAGGCUCCAUACGCGGCUGGCAGGGAUACUUCUUCGGCUCCACAAACACUAGUCGAAAGACAAGCCGUGCGAGUAGCAUUAUGAGUGACAUGCACGAGCCCGGCGAGGAAGUAUCCUCGGAGCGCAUGCGCGUGCCCAGCAAUCCCUCUAUUCGGCGCAAGGCUCUUGACGAGCAGCUGUUCCAACCACCCGGUUCAAUGGCAAAUGAAAUUUUGAAUCGGCGAGCAACGAGUGGUUCGAAUGCGGCCGAUGACGCGAGCAUUCAUUCGCGAAAAUCUUCACGUUCAUUUGGCUCUUGGACGAUCAAGUUAUUUGCAGGCAACACGCAACCCAAGGACACAAGUGAUUCCGAAAGCAACCGCCAUCGAGCGCAAUCUGAUUCUCUUGAUAGAGACAAGGCAGCAGGGACUAGCUCAUCUGCUGCCGCAGCCAGGGGUGGAUUGUCUGCGAUUGCGGCACUCAAGAGAAUUAACAGUAAUUCUAACGUCCCCACCACUUCAGGUGGGCGCAACACACCUCUCAACGGUACAGUGCGGACCAACCAAUUGCGCAAAGCUCCUGUCGGUUCUCCGUCCCAAGGGCUACCGGCUGAGACUACCGAUAGAAGUUCGACUACCCUUGGGCCCGUGGAAAUGGACGCCAUUCUACCACUUGAGUCGAGACCUCCGUCUUUGACUCCGAUCUACAACAAUCGUCAAAUCGGCGAGUAUCUGACAGAUCGAUUUGGCUUCAUUUAUGAUCAACAGCGGAAGAGGCGUCAGCGAGAAGCAAAUACAGCCAAGAACCUCAAAUCACGUCGCAGCAUGGGAGAGACUCUGGGCAAUCAUCGCGCAGACUCUCCGGAGGCGUUAGAGGUCGAUGGUCUUCCUCAACUCGGUCCGGGUACCUGGAUGACUGGAGAGAGCGUAAGCUCCCCUCCGGCUUCCCCAGACGAGGACAAUGAAAGUGGUGCGACGGGCUCUAAGAAAUGGCAAGAUUAUCUGAAAAUGCCAACACGGCCGACGGAGCUCUUGUCUCACACCCCUUCAGCUGGUCCCAUCAUUUCUUUAACGACAGGUGCAGACAGCCGCUCAUCCGGGUCAUCGGUGUCUGUGGACAAGGAAAGCGCUGCCCCUGUGAUAACAAUCGCCAAGCCCUCAGCAUCGACCUCUACUGUCGUAGCCGAUCGCCCUGAGUUUUCCGGGGCUAAUUCGGAUGAGCUGGGCAUGUCUGCUGCCAACAGAGCUAACAACGCCGAGGUUGAGCCUGUGAAGAUAUUGUUGGAGCAACUGACUGAGCUUCACGACUCAUUGCAGCGUGAUCGAACCAUCCGAUGGAACGAGUUCCUCCGCAAAGUUCGUGCGGAGCGAAGGAAGGAAGGAGAAGCUGCGGCUGCGUCGUCAGCGGCCACUGAUCGUUCAUUUGCGGCCGUAGACAUGCCUGAGACGUCUCUGGCAGACGGCGAGGUGAUUGGAAUUGCUGGUCUCGGUAAUAAAGGCAAGGUCGGUCGUGCCAAAUGGCGGGAAUUUCGUGUGCUGGUCCUUGGAGGUGUCCCCGUUGCUUUGCGCGCCAAAGUCUGGUCCGAGUGUAGCGGUGCGUCUGCGAUGCGGAUUCCGGGCUAUUACGACGAGCUGGUUCGUGGCAUCGGUGGUAGCGAGCCGGACUCUUCGAUUGUUGCCCAAAUCGACAUGGAUAUCCGCCGCACAUUGACGGACAAUGUCUUCUUCAGGAAAGGGCCCGGUGUGGACAAGUUGAAGGAGGUCCUCCUCGCAUACUCGCGUCGGAACCCCGAAGUCGGCUACUGUCAAGGCAUGAAUCUUAUUGCGGCAUCUCUGCUUCUGAUCCUGCCGACAGCCGAAGACGCCUUUUGGAUACUGACAUCGAUGAUUGAAGUGAUUCUACCUGGACAUUACUACGACCAUGGUCUUCUCGCGUCGCGCGCGGAUCAGGUCGUCCUUCGGCAGUAUAUCUCAGAGCUUCUACCCAAGUUGUCGGCACACCUGGAAGAUUUGGGAAUUGAGUUGGAGGCACUCACUUUCCAAUGGUUCCUUUCGCUAUUCACCGACUGUCUCUCAGCAGAAGCCUUGUAUCGCGUCUGGGACGUUGUUCUGUGUCUCAACGUAACGAGCGCCGUCUCUGCGAGCUCUGCCUCAGCAGCAGCGCCAACUUCGUCAACCUCGGGUGCGAAAGAAGGGACUGAUAAGUCCGGACCAGCUUCUGACGAUUCAGCCUCUGGCAGUGGUGGAGGAAGUACAUUCCUCUUCCAAGUGGCUUUGGCACUUCUCAAGCUCAAUGAGCCACAGCUACUGACGAGUUGCACUACUCCAGCCGCACUCUACACGUACAUCAAUCACCAGAUGACCAAUCAUGCCAUCAGUAUUGAUGGUCUGAUUCAAGCCAGUGAAGCGCUUCGAAAUGUUGUCCGUCGCGAGGACGUAGUUGCUCGCCGCGCAAUUGCCUUGCAAGAAAUGCAGAGCUUCGGCGGUGCUCCGUCCUAA